UACAAUGAGCUGCAAAAUAGAAAAUAAAACUGAUUGACGGACAUGCGCACUGCCCAGUUUCCCCGUCUGUCACAAUCAUAGAAGAUACAAAGAAAAAUAUCUUAUAUAAACUUUUCGCGAGAAAAAAAUACAUGGACCUGGCAACCUUUGACGUGAUACACGUGGUUAUAGGAGGUCUAAGGGCGGUGUUCACAUUGCAAGGGGGUGCCCCCCUGCUGCAGCCUCCCUUAUUGGGGGGCGCCCCGUACGCCUAUGCUUUUGCGACAGUCUUCAAAUUUCUGCCUAAAUGAAGGAAAAAAAUACCCUAAAACGCCGUCAACGAAGUCAACAACGUAAUGCCAUCAAUCAAUGGUUCCGGUGUAUAAUUAAAUAAUAAUAUAACCAAUGUUUUUACUUGAACUGUGCUAGAAUUGCAAGUUCCUACAAACAAAUUGCGAAUUCCUACAAACAUAUUAAACCCAAAUGAGCUUGUAUCAUUUCAAACACACAAGAUUGCAAAGGAAAGGGUGUGCAUUGCCAAAUAUGAUGAUCAGCAAAGUCAUAUGCCUAUCUAUAACCACAUCAUUUUUUUCACUCUGCAUGAUGGGUAUCACUGACAUUUCAUAUCGGUAUUCAUGUCUUUAUGACAAAGAACUAAAUACUUGUACGUCAGGACAAACAUUUUUUUGUAAAACCAUUAGCUCGUUGAAGACAAGAAAUGCAAAAAAUGCGAAAAAUUAUUUUUGCGCACAAUUUCCGACAUCUUCCGAAGAUGGCGACCAACUUUUGAACGAUGACUUUCGACAUUUUGUUGUUAUUGUUUUGCAGUGUUGUUUUGGAACGAAACUCGGAAACUGAAUGAAAGCAAAACGGAAGCUGUAUCAACUGCAUGUUGUUUGAAGAGAUUUGACAGAAAAUUGUGUCAGUUUUGCAACUAAGAAUCCAAGAUUAUACAGCUCAUAAAAAAUUAUCCUUAGUGACUAAAAGAAACACUUUUAUAUAUAAAGGUGUAUCGCUACUGACGCUACAUUAGCCUACCUACCUGCGUGUUGUGAUUUGCUUUAGAAGCUAAGCAUAUAAUAAUUAUUUAAGAGAGAACUUCAAAUAAUGGCAGCAGGGUUGGGAAGAAAGAAAAUUGUUCUUCUUUCAUGUGGAUCGUUUAAUCCUAUUACAAAUAUGCACUUAAGAAUGUUUGAACUGGCACGUGAUGCACUUCAUAGAACUGGAUUAUUCUCAGUUGUUGAGGGAAUUUUAUCACCUGUGAAUGAUGACUAUAAGAAACUCACUACAAAGAAACUUGCAUCAGGCCAUCACAGAUUUUCCAUGGCAGAGUUAGCAACGCAAUCAUCUAAUUGGAUAAAUGCUGAUGACUGGGAAGUUAAACAAAGUAACUGGGUGCCAACAGUUAAUGUUUUAGAACACACCAAAGAAACUGUGGUGAAGAAAUAUUCCUCAUCUGACAGUAAAGAUGUCCCUUGUGUAAAAUUAUUAUGUGGUGGUGAUCUCUUGGAGUCUUUUGCAGUACCUGGACUAUGGAAUGAGGAACAUAUGGCUGCAAUUGUUCGAGAUUAUGGUUUAGUUGUGAUCACAAGAUCUGGCUCAGAUCCUGAGAAGUUUAUUUAUGAGUCUGACCUUCUUACAAAUUACAAGAACAACAUAUUUAUAGUUAAGGAAUGGAUUUAUAAUGACAUCAGUUCAACCAAAGUCAGGCUUGCCUUGAGACGUGAUGAGAGUAUUAAAUAUGUUGUACCAGAUCCUGUUAUUGAAUACAUAAAGGAAAACAAUUUAUACAAGAAUUAACAAACAACCAACAAUCAAUCCUUCUACUAUUUAAACGGUUAAAAGCUUGGUAUAUAUGAACAAGUAAUUAGUGCCUGGAGGAGUUUGUAAAAAUAAACGAAUAGCUUAAAAUUGAUUGACAAACAAUCAAUCCUUCUACUAUUUAAACGGUAAAAAGCUUGGUGGUAUAUAUGAACAAGUAAUUAGUGCCUGGAGGAGUUUGUAAAAAUAAACGAAUAGCUUAAAAUUGAUAGGUGUAAUAUAAAUAGCAAGUUAUUAAUUAAUAAUUUAUGUUUUGUGA